GUGCCUGUUUCUCUUCGCCUCGCUUCUUAACCUUUUGCCUCUCUGCCUCUCCGUUUCGAGUCGACGGUUUGGCCGCCGACCACCGAAGUCACUCGUAUCAGAUCAUUGAUUUUCUUGUGAAUAUUGAUCAGCUUGUAAAAGCUGUUUUUUUUUUUCUUACGCCUCCGUUUCGGAGUUUUUGGGGUUCUUUCUUAUAGGACGAUAUUUCAUUUGCUAACAGCUUUUCAAGUGAUAUGAGGGAAUAUCUUGAUGAGUUUGUAGUUAUGCUUGUUUUGGGUGGUAUUGUUUGGGAAGACGUUUGCACCGUGGAUGAUUUUCGAGAGCAAAACUGAGAUUAGUUGCUCUUUCCUUAUGGAACUUGUAAUUUCGUUGCAAAAGUAGUGGUUUUGAUUUGUCUAUAAAAUGGUAUUGUGUGAGUAUGGGCUGUUAGUCUCGGUCUGACCCUUUACUGAAGAUUCCAAAACAUUUUUGUGCUUUGUGAUAAUUUUAUGCCCUGGUAGAAUCCAACCGGAGUUUUUGGUGGUGAGACACGCUUGUCGAGUUUUUUUACAAGGGAAAUGGCUGUGGCUUUUACGCGUUUCUCUUGCUGGAUUUGGGGUGGGAAAGAUCAUAAAUCCCCCAAUUCAUCCCUGAGUUCAUCUCCCGACUUCCCGGCUGGAUUUAGGGAGCUGGAUAACUUGAAGUUCCCGCCAGUUGAUGGGCCGAGGGUUAGGUCGAACUCCAGAAAAAUUAAGAAGAAAUGGCAGAGCCGUGAGGAGCGGCGGAUCGACAAGGAGUACGAUAUCGUCCUUGUGCCAUCUGAUGGUGUCUGCAUGUCGGGGUCCGAGACUGAGGAUUCCGAUUGGUCUAUUGGUUGGUUGGAACCUCAUGCGCCUGAUUUCCAAAGUAGUAGUGAAGUAGAGAACAGUUUUUCUGUCCUGGUCCGUUGCUAUUGCCGUGGCCGUUGUGAGCAGGCGGAGAGUUCCAAAACUCGCGCCUUGGGAGCACUUGAACACUUGGACGAUAUUUCCCCUGGUAAACUGGCAAAAAUUAUACUUUCCUUGAAAUUUGUCUUUUUCAUCCGCUACAUGUGCCUUAAACUAUCGAUGAAAACAAGUAUAUAGAUGAAUGGCUCGCCUCUGAAAACUGACCACUAUUCCAUAUCUUGGCCUUGUAAGAUAAGACCGACCACCACCGGCCUUUUACAUCACUGACACAAACAGAGUAUUCCACUCUCAAGGAAGCACAACCAUGAAGCAAUUCAGACUGCCUUUGCUGCAGGAUUACCGUUCGUGCGCAGCACUUGCGGCAGCGGCAGCAAAAUGUUUCUUGCGAUUCAAGAAUUCUGCUGACAAAUUGAGAACUCUGCAACUACCUCUUAAAGGCUUUAUUACUUUGACUGGGGUUGAAUUAUGUAUGUUAGGAUAGGAAUUGACUUUAUUCUUCGCCCUCUUUCAUCCUGAUGUCUCUCCAUUGCCAUAUAGAUCUGAUAUGGGUGGGGGCGUUGGGGCGAUCUUAGUCGGGGGUAUGUUUAUUCAGUGAUUCAGAAAAAAUUGAUUUCCAUGAAAUUGGUGCUGAAUCUGCAGAUGACGAACUUUUUGCUCAACUGUGGCAACUAGUUUUAGUUAUUUGCUUGUCGUGGAAGUAAAAAAACAAAAAUAUUUUUUUUGACCUUUCAUGAGCCUUGAAUUAAAUGCUAUCAUCUUUGCUAUUUAAGAUUUUUUUAUGAUGUU